UUCCUCCAACAUGAGAAAUGGCUUUGUUCCAUGCUUGGAGACGUGCAGGAACUACCAUUCCUGGAUGAUCCUAGGUAUCAGCAGCAACGCGAUGUGCUGGAGAGCCGAAUACGCAGUGAAAUAAACCUAUUGCAAGAUCGCCGAUUGCGUGAUUGGUGCAAACAGACACCCCCUACAGCUGAUCACAGUGCGCCGCAAGCGGAGCAUUAUCAUUGGAUGGCUCGGCUUUUGUCUCGCCCUGGCAUGGAGGACAUUAUGAGCAGCGCAAAUCGGCAUGCCGAAACAGUGCCAAAGGAGAAGCAACGAGACAUAUGGGACGCUCCGCUCUUCCAGAACUUCAAGGGCCCUGAUGGCAUCUCCUCAUUUGCGCAUGGCCCCUCCCAUGAAUCGCGGUACUUGUUCAGUCUAUCUAUCGACGGCUUUAAUCCUUUUUACACAAAGGUGGCAAAGCAGAAUGUAUCUGUUACAGGAAUCUACAUGGUUUGCCUGAACCUCCCUCCCCACCUGCGAUACUUGCCAGAAAAUACAUAUCUAGUUGGCAUCAUUCCC